GAUUUAUGGUUUUGUAGCUCGAAGUCUUUAAGUUUGAAAAAUAUCAUACAGCGCUUUUGAGAAGCGUUACCUGGAAACGAAAAACGAAACAAUUGUUCAAGGCGAGGCCACAAAGGAAAACAAAAUGGCGGCUUACGGCCAAACAGAUCGUUACAGGCGUUAUGAUGGAUGAUUUACCUCCUGAUUGAGAGUUCAAUAUACAAAAAUGUUCAUCGGAAGUCUUGUUGCAUCCAGAUUUUUAAGUCUCAUCGCUCACUUUGUUGUUACAGUCGUCAUAUUUUUAUCAAAGGAUGUGAAUGUUAGAGCUUGUCUCCCUCUCCAGUAUACAGACAGUGAAUUUUCAACAAAGGAUACGGAGUUAAUCGUGGGCCUGUCUCUUACUCUGGUGUUUCUGGGCUUAGAGUUUGGAGGAUUCCUUGGAGGUUGUUCCAUGUUUAAUGGUACUGCAACUCUGCUUUCCAUCGCAGCUCAUUCCAGUGCUGCUAUUUCUUUGUCUAUGUUCGUCCUUGAGGAAUGGGACUGUGAUAAGUUCUGGUAUGUCUUUGGAUUCUGUAGUGCUUUGCCAGCUCUCAUCGAAACUUUUGUUUUGAUCGGUGUCCUGCUAUUUCGAGCUGACAGAUAACAUGGCUGUACCAAAAAUAACAUGACAUUUCCUAAUUAAUUUUUAUUAGCUCUUAAAAAGAGAAAGCUGCUAGUAAAAGUAAUAGAGUGAUGUAAUAUUGAUUAGUAACCAUGUAGUCCAUGUUUUCUUCCCCGCAUCUUGAACUUUUUUUUGCGAUACAUGUAGUUGUAUAUAUUUUAAAAACGUGUUAUAAUGUGUCUGUAAAUAAAUGUAAAUGUAAUAAAUUAUGGUGUUGUCUACAUUGCAUUCCACAUGUAUGUAUUUCUGCAAUGUGUCAAAUCAUUACAAAGUGCAUAACUUUGCUAAAAGCUGAAUUUUGUAAAUCUGUCAGAAUAUUAAUGCUCUAGAAUCUAGAUAGUAUAUCUAAGUUAACCACACUGUCAGAAAGACAACUCAAAAUGUUUUCAAUUGUUUCUAAAUCCAUAACUCAGCAACCCAAAAAAGUACAUUUACCAGUAGCUUGAUGCAAUGUUCUUUAAAUCAGUUAAACUAUGAGCUACAAUGUAUUUAUAUCUAGUUAAUAAUAAAUUGUUGAAUAAAUAACCUUUGUAAAAGUAUCUGUGAGGGAAAUUGCAAUAAAAUUACCGAAAAGUU